AUGAGUCAAACAGCAACCGAAGCUUCGAAUAACUUUUGGCAAGAUUUCAAGGCUGAGCGGCAAUCCAUUGAGGAUCAGAUCCAGCAGCUAGGAGCCAAACCAAAGAACGACCUUCCAGGAUGUUUCGAUAGCAUCUUGAAGCAGAUCAACCAGUUAGAAAAGACGCUUACGCAAGCCCUUGAUUUCGUCCCGUCUUACGAUGAGCGUCAGUAUUUGGAGCAACUCAAAGCUCUAAGUGCAAGUCUCGAGUCUGCAAAGGCCAACCUGACACCCAAAGCAAAGUUUUCAUUCAAAUCACGCAAAGCAAAGAAAGAGCCAUCCAACAAUCCUGGUGUACAGCACAACAGCAAACCAACAACGACUAUUCUUGAUACCAAUGCACCCUCUACUCGAAAGGACAAUGUACUUUCCUUCAAGGAUAAGGUGGACACAGUGAUUCAAGUGGAAAAUUCAACAACGACAGCAGUCAACGUUCUAUUGUCUAAAUUGAGGAGAUGCGUCGUGCUGCUUGAUAAUCUCAAUAUUUCAUCGUUGCAUGUCGAAGAUCUUAAGGAGUGUAUCAUUGUAUGUGGGAUGAUUCAGGGCUCUGUGUUGAUUUACGGGAUGUCAUUGUCUAUAGUCGCAGUAGGAUGCCAUCAGUUUCGUAUGCACAAUGCACAAGGUGUCGAUGUUAUAUACAAUGUAAGCAGCCGCCCCAUUAUCGAGGACUCUUCCAACAUACGCGUCACCGAAUACUCAGCCAUAUCUGUCGAGACAAGGAAUUACUUUGAUAACGUGGAUGACUUUAACUGGCUUAAGCAGCAAGCAUCUCCCAAUUGGAAGGUCAUGGAUAGCUCUAAAAGUAAGCAUAUGAACCACCAGCUUUCCUCUAUUAGACCUGAAAAUGCUUUAUCCAUAUUAUCUGCAUUGAUGUCAGAAAUAAAACCUUGA